AUGUACGUCAAUGCUGCCCAAGAAGCCCUCCUCGAGUGGAUGGCUGGAAUUGGGGAGCAAGACAAUGUGGAUAAGGGAAGCUACAAAAAACAACAAGCUGAGUGCCUUGACCGACAUGUGAGUGCUUGCUACCAGCCCAAGGCUGUGUGGCCACAAACUGUGAUCACAUCAGCUUGGGAGCGGCACCCUCAUGUGGAUCCACAUAAAGCGAGCCAUGAGCUCCCUGUCUGGGCAGAAGCACGGGCCAAGGAAUUGACAGAAGCCUAUGACCAUGACCAUGAUCAUAGUGAUGUGCCUGUGAAUAUGACAGGGACACGACCCAACAGAGUGCUUCAGGAGCUUAAUCAACAGGUCCGCUCUCGCAGUCCUGUCGUGAAACCCCGCUGCACUGGCAACCCAUGGACCCAACAGACCGCAGAGGAUCGGACCAUGUUGAAGACAAGUGAUGAUGUGCUGAAAGGUUUGCGAGAUUGGUGCGACCAAAUGUCCCCCAUUACCAGAGCGCAGAAGGCUGACCUAACAAUCGCUUUUGACCCAACACCUCCGGUUCGUAGUGAGGCACAACUGCACCAGCGCGUUUCUGCUAUGGGCAUUGAUGUAUUCGCAAAGGGCUCAAACCCAACGGCUCCGCCUUUCGGUAUCCAAGGCGGCCAGAUUGGCCAAUACUCUGUAACAGUAUCCCUGUCUUUGGACCCACUCGUGCGUUUCACCAUACAGCUUCAAUGCGCCAAAGGCAAUGUCGUUGUGAAGGGGAAGCGUACUGUGUUCGAGGUUGAUAUUGUUUUGAUGUUGCUGCGGUUUCUUGGCAUCCCAAAAAGCAUUGCUGUCAAAGUUCCUGAGGCCAAGUCCAGGGACAAAGCUCUCGACAAACCCAGCUUAAUCUCGUUGUGCGCAGCCCAGUCCUCGGAACCUAAGGCUCCGGCUGACAUUUGGGCAGAUCUGCGCCGUACAGCUUGA